AUGAAGAAAUUACCUCUUACAAUCCAUAAGAGAACACAUACAGGGGAGAAGCUAUAUCUGUGUAAUGAAUGUCGGAAAUCCUUUCACAAGUCCUCAAUACUCAGCAAGCACAGAAUUCACACAGGUGAGAGACCAUAUGAAUGUAGCGAAUGUGGAAAAACCUUUCAUGAGAAAUCAAACCUCAACAAGCAUAAGAGAAUUCACACAGGUGAGAAACCAUAUGAAUGUGAAAAAUGUAAGAAAACUUACAACCAUAAGUCAUACCUCAGGGUACAUCACAGAUCUCACACGGGUGAGAAACCAUAUGAAUGUAAAGAAUGUAGAAAAACUCUCUACUGUAAAUCACACCUCAAUGUACAUCAGAGAACUCACACAGGUGAGAAACCAUAUGAAUGUAAGAAAUGUAAGAAAGCUUUCAACCGUAAAUCACACCUCAGUGAACAUCAGAGAACUCACACAGGUGAGAGAUCAUAUGAAUGUAAAGAAUGUGGAAAAACUUUCUACUCUAAAUCAAAACUCAGCAGGCAUCAGAGAAUUCACACAGGUGAGAAACCAUAUGAAUGUAUUGAAUGUGGAAAAAACUUUCAUGAGAAUUAACUCAGUGAGCAUCAGAGAAUUCACACAGGUGAGAAACCAUAUAAAUAUAGUGAAUGUGGAAAAACCUUUCACAGGAAGUCACUCCUCAGUGGGCAUCAGAGAAUUCACACAGGUGAGAAACCAUAUGAAUGUAGUGCAUGUGGAAAAACCUUUCACAGGAAGUCACACCUCAGCAGGCAUCAGAGAAUUCACACAGGUGAGAAAACAUAUGAAUGUAAAGAAUGUAGAAAAACUUACUCCAGUGAAUCAUGCCUCAUUGUACAUCAGGGAACUCACACAGGUGAGAAACCAUAUGAGUGUAGUCAAUGUAGGAAAACCUUUCACAGGAAGUCAAACCUCACCAGACAUCAGAGAAUUCACACAGAUGAGAAGCCCUAUGUAUGUAAUGAAUGUGGAAAAACUUUUCACCAGAAGUCAAACCUCAGCAAGCAUUGGAGAAUUUACACAUGUGAGAAUCCAGGUGAAUGUAAACAAUAUAGGAAACCUUUCUACAGUAAAGCAGACCUCAGUGUACAUCAAAGAACUCACACAGUUGUGAAACCAUAUGAAUGUAAUGAACGUAGGAAACCUUUCUACAAGAAAUCAAACCUUACUAGUCAUGAGCACACUUCAGGAUGCACCAGAGAACUCACGUAA